GUCUUAUACUGCACUCCAGUCUCGGCAUACAUUUCUGGAAACAUAGUUAUUCUCUACUGCACACAAUGGACUUCUCCGAGUACACCGGCCCCAGCGAGGAGUGGAUCGCCCUGGCGCGAGAGCUGCCCCCCGCGCCCGCGCUCUCAACCGAAGAACUCAGGGCCGUCACCAACAAGGGCCGGGAGGAUGUCUCAGCCAGGGAGAUGGUCGAGCAGGGCCUCCACUCCAAAGUCUCCCUACGCGACCACUCCAUCCCCACGCGCGACGGCGCCACCAUCCCAGGACGCAGCUAUCGUCCUGCAGGGGUAGACGCAUCUCAGUCUCUUCCCAUCUACAUCCAUCUACACGGCGGCGGAUUCCUAUUCGGGACUUUAGAUUCCGAAGACGCAGCGUGCGCACGCCUCGUCGCAACUCUGGCAGAACAGGGCGUCCCCAUCGUCGUGGUUAACGUCAACUACCGACAUGCUCCGGAACACAAAUACCCCGUUGCCUGGAAUGACACUGAAGAUGCCUUCCAUUGGGUGCACGACCAUCUCUCCGAGAUUGGCGGCGACGGCGAGAAUCUCGUCAUGGGAGGCGUGUCUGCCGGUGGUUGGUUAACGGCUUCAACGGCUAUCGCGCAAGCAACGGGGAAUGACAAAAGCCUUGCUGCGAGACCUAGGAUUAAGGGCCAGGUUUUGAUUAUCCCGGGCCUGGUGCAUUAUGACUGCUAUGAGGCGCAGGUGAAAAGGUUGCGGGAUCCGAGGGUGUCCAGCUGGGUGGAGAAUCGUGAUGCGCCGGUUAUUCCGUUUGAGCGGGUGCAGUUGUUCUUUGAGGCUCUCGGGCUGAAGGAGGCAAAGGGUCUUGAUGCUGAUUUGAGGUUGAAUCCCGGGAAUGUCAGUGCUGAGCAGGUCAAGGGAUUGCCGCCGGCGACGUUUGGGGUUGCAGGUAUGGAUCCUCUACGGGAUGAAGGAUUAUUGUUUGCGCAGUUGCUUGCUGAGAAUGGGGUCCCGACCAAGACGAAUGUCUUCAAGGGCGUGCCGCAUGGCUUCCGGCGAUAUGGGGAUCGGCUGUCGGCGUCGAAGAAGUGGGAUGAGACAAUAGUGGAGGGCAUCAAGUGGGCAUUGAGUAACCCUGCUGCUGGGCCUUUUGAGAUUAAUGCAUUUUAAAAUGGUUCCGAGAAUCUAGAGAUAGCCCGACCACCAUGGAUGUAUCACUUGUCACACCGGUACGCUACGGAAGUUAUAUAGAUCUAAUCCAGGAUUAUGCUUGCCGUGGUCAUUCUUGUUGCUAUAACAUAUGACAGCGGAGAGAUGCAAGUCGUUUCACACCAAGCGUGCUCAAAUGCAGAUAUAUAUAGGCCCAUGACUUUAGGUCUCUUUCCUUUGCUGUGCUGCC